UCCUUUCCAUGUCUUGUUGUGACGAACGACUCCCCGAGCUGUUCUACAAAAAAUAAACAAAGAAGAAGAAAAAAAAGCAAACAACUUCGCAAAAUGAACGCUCUUUGGGUUUUGGAGAAGUGGAACUUUUGUUCACUUCACAGGCAACAAAAUUCCAUUUCCAGACAUGCAAAAUACAACAUAUAUGGCAAAAAGGAAACCCCAGUCUUGCUAUUUCCAAUCCCCAUCUCACCAGACUCACCCUACCCCGCCCCAAAACAAUCAUCAUCCAAACAACCUCUUUUCUUCCUCCAACCAUUCACUGAAUUUCAUUAUUGGGUUUCAACCGAGAACCAUGCCAAAACUAUACACCUACAUACACGCAAGAAAAACCAACUAACCCCCUUUCCCUCCCUCCGUUUCCACUCCCCUCCCUCUUCCCUACACACAUAUAACAUAUGUAGGGCACAGCACAGCAUGGUAUGGGGGCACGUUUUGAUCCAUCGCCCGCAAGGAUGUAUGCAUGCCAGCGUAUAA